AUGCGGCCGCUAAGCGGAGCCGCCGGUGCGACCAGCGAGGAAGAGGCAACUAGGGUUUCAUCAAGCCCACGCGGAUCAGCUGGAGAAGGCAGCGCGGUGGGGAAGCCGCGCCGGCGGCCACAGGCUGGGCCUGGUCGUGCUGCUCCGCGGCCGGGGACGGCCGCCGUGGGGGUGAGCGGCGCUGCAUGGCAAGGGCGGCGUCGCCACCGCGCGUCGGGGAGAGAGAGAGAUGGAGUGAAGAGGAGAAGGGUCGGGAAGCAGAAGUUUGGGAAAGGAGAAGCAGAAGCCAUUGUAUAUAUUUGUCUGAUCGGAUUCGGACGAGAAGCUGCUGAAGCGAAAGAUAAGCAGAAGAGAACCCAUGAAAGUGAAGGAGUAGACCGGGAAGCCGCUCUCGGCAGAAUCCGCUCUAAGAGAUCUGGAUCGUCGAACUUAAGAUCUCACGGUGUGACUUUCAAGUCACGGGAGGAUCACCGGAAGCAGCUCGAGCUCGAGGAGGCGCGCAAGGCGGGGCUCGCGCCUGCGGAGGUCGACGAGGAUGGAAACGAGAUCAAUCCCCAUAUCCCCCAGUACAUGUCCUCAGCCCCAUGGUAUCUUAAUGCUGAGAAGCCGAGUUUGAAGCAUCAACGGAAGUGGAAGUCAGAUCCGAACUACACCAAGUCGUGGUAUGAUAGGGGUGCAAAGCUUUUCCAGGCCAACAAGUACAGGAAAGGCGCUUGCGAAAACUGUGGAGCCAUGACUCAUGACAAGAAGUCUUGCAUGGAGCGGCCUCGAAGUGUGGGAGCUAAAUGGACAAAUGUCAACAUAGCACCUGAUGAGAAAGUUGAAUCAUUUGAACUGGACUAUGAUGGAAAGCGUGAUCGCUGGAAUGGUUAUGACCCAUCAACCUACACUCGUGUAAUCGCUGACUAUGAAGCUAGAGAAGAGGCUAGGAAAAAGUAUCUGAAAGAGCAGCAGCUCAAGAAACUUGAGGAGAAGGAUACUGAGAACGAUGAUGAGAAUGCGGGUAGUGAAGAUGAUGAAGAAGAUGGCCUAAGGAUAGAUGAGGCCAAAGUUGAUGAGAGUGCCCAGAUGGACUUUGCUAAGGUAGAGAAGCGUGUGCGCACAACCGGUGGUGGAAGCACCGGUACUGUUAGGAACUUGCGUAUCAGAGAAGACACGGCAAAAUAUCUUUUGAAUCUUGAUGUCAACUCUGCAUAUUAUGAUCCAAAAACCCGCUCCAUGAGGGAAGACCCCUUGCCAGAUGCUGAUCCAAAUGAUAAGUUCUAUGUGGGUGACAACCAAAAUCGUCUUAGUGGUCAAGCUCUGGAGUUCAAGCAACUCAAUAUCCAUUCAUGGGAAGCUUUUGAAAAGGGUCAGGAUAUCCAUAUGCAAGCAGCCCCAUCUCAAGCAGAACUUCUGUACAAGAGUUUCAAGAUCAAGAAAGAAAUGUUGAAGUCUGAACAUAAGGAUAAAAUUAUGGAGAAGUAUGGGAAUGCUGCGUCAGAAGAUACAAUUCCUCGGGAGCUGCUUCUUGGGCAAAGUGAGAGAGAGAUUGAGUAUGACCGUACUGGUCGAAUAAUCAAAGGACAGGAUGUAUCUCUUCCCAAGAGCAAAUACGAAGAGGAUGUAUUCAUUAAUAAUCACACGACUGUGUGGGGUUCAUGGUGGAAAGAUCAUCAAUGGGGCUACAAAUGCUGCAAGCAGACUAUCAAGAAUAGUUACUGCACAGGCUUGGCUGGAAUAGAAGCUGCUGAGGCAUCAGCAGAUCUAAUGAAGGCCAAUAUGGCCCGCAAGGAGGCCGCAGAAGAUGUACCUGUACAACAUGAAGAAAAGCGAUUAGCCACUUGGGGAACUGAUGUGCCUCAGGAUCUUGUUCUUGAUCCGAAGAAGCUUGCAGAAUCUCUAAAGAAGGAGAAAGCAAGGGUAAGGGGGAAAGAGGAGGAGAGGGAUGAGAAGAAGAGGAAGUAUAACGUGCACUUUGACGAUCAGGUUACUGUAGAAGACAUGGAGGCCUACCGUAUGACGAAGAUUCACCACGACGAUCCUAUGAGAGAUUUUCUCAAGUGA